AUGGCUGACGCAUUGGUAGAGCGGAGACCCACCGCUCGGUUUUUCUGCCACAGGUGUAACAUUGAAUUCGAAGAUGUUUUGCAGGAUUAUACAUGCCCAUACUGCGCUAGUGGUUUCAUUGAACAGCUUGAGAACGAGACAGAGGGCCUGGCACUAUCAGGAGAUGACUUCAGUGAUGCGGACAUGAGCAAUAUUGAUGAUAUGAGCAAUAUCGAUGACAUGAGCAACCUGGACGACUCGGAUGAGAUACACCACUUGUCACAAGGAACCCCUCCAAUGUUGAACGAUCUCGCAUUCCUAAUGUCCGGUGGUCGGUUACGUAGAGGUGCAGGGCGAAGGGAGACACUUAUGGAACAGUUGGUGUGGAUGAUAGGAGGCGCUAGACCGGCUACUGGGGCCGUGACCGCGGGAGCACCCUUCGUGCUCGUCGGAGCACCCGGGGACUAUGUGUUUGGCGGUGAAGGUUUGGACGCAGUAGUGACACAGUUGCUAGGUCAGCUAGAGAACGCGGGCCCACCACCCCUACCUCGGGAGCAGAUUGCGGCGCUGCCGUCUGUGGUCGUUACCGAGGAUCAAGUUGCCGCAAACACCUCCUGUUCUGUAUGCUGGGAGAACUUUCAGUCUGGUGAAACAGUAUCUCGGUUAGAGUGCGACCAUAUCUUCCACGCGAACUGCAUCGCGCCCUGGCUACAGCUGCACGCGACAUGUCCCAUCUGCCGGCGCUCGCUGCUGGCCGAGGAUGCGGACGCGCCGCCUGACGCCGCGCCGCCCAUUGCGCCCGCUGCACCCGGCGCCCCGCCCGCCGCGCCCGCGCCUGCCACCCCGGCCGAGGCUGCCACCAAUCAGUACCCGUCUCUAACACAAUUGCUAGUCCGGCGACUACCGCGGCGCGCGGGGCCCGGCGGCGCGGGCUGGGCGGCGCUGGGAGACUCCAGCAGUUCGUCGGGCAGCAUGUCGACGUCGUCCUCGAUGACGACGGGCGCGGUGUGGCCGCCGCCGUCGCGCUCCAACACCAACUCCACCAGCUCCAACUCGUCGUCUUCGCUCAACUCCACGGAGCGGGAGCGCCAGUACAACAUGGACAUUGACUUCGACUAG